AUGGCUGGUUAUUAUGGCCUAGCCCCAGAAUUGGCAGGCCCUGCCUUAGUGGAAGAAUCGCUCCCCUUCACCCCCGCGGCCAUGUGCGCCGGAGCAGCAAUUGCGAGUCAUCCAGGGAUCGGCAAGGUUGCUUUUACAGGGAGUACCACCACUGGACAGAAGAUUAUGGCAUUCGCUGCAUCAAAUACCAAAAACAUUACCCUCGAGACCGGUGGCAAGUCCCCGCUACUUAUGUUCAACGAUGCAGAUCUAGACCAAGCAGUCAAAUGGGCACACGUUGGUAUCAUGAGCAACCAGGGCCAGAUUUGCUCCGGUACGAGUCGGAUUCUCGUACAAGAAGAUGUCUAUGAGCAGUUCAUUGCCGCUUUUAGAGAAUAUACCGCGAAAAGCAGCAAAGUUGGCGAUCAGUUUGGCGAGGACAUAUCCCAAGGACCGCAAAUCUCCAAGACUGAAGUUGACCAAGUAAUGUCAUACAUCCUCUCUGGUGUCAGGCAAGGUGCUCGUCUUGUGCUGGGCGGAACGCCAUUGAAUCAAGGAGGCCCGGGCUUCUUCAUACUUCCGACAAUCUUUGCUGAUGUUACCGAUGAUAUGAUUAUCUCCCGGGAGGAAAUCUUCAGCCCUGUAGUCGUCAUCUCAGCAUUUGGGACGGAAGGUCAGGCCAUUAUCAAGGCUAACAACUCAGUUUAUGGUCUGGAGUGCUCGAUUUUCACGCAGAAUAUUGAACGAGCCCAUCAACUGGCCCGAAGAACGGAAAGCGGGACGGUAUGGAUCACUAGCACCAAUGACAGUGACUCGCGCACUCCGUUCGGAGGUGUUAAGCAGAGUGGAUCGGGGAAGCUGGACUGGCAGCGUACUCCAGCAUCAAGUCGAUCCAUGUCAACUUGGGCGCGAAACUGUAAAAUUGAAUUUUUCUAUGUGGGUAAACACAUAAUGGAAUGCGAGGUGUCACAUUAUCUUUCAAAGAAUUGGUUCUGGAUUUUGCGACCGUCGAGUCACGUGACAUACUCGCCAUGUGGUUUGAUCUUUGGUAUUAUCUUUCCACAAUUCUAUUUUAUAUAUCAGAGUUCAAUAGUCAAUAAGCCUAUUUAG